GUCCGCCCUUUUUAUUUUUCUCACAUCUUUCCUUCUUCUCCUCUCCUCUUCACAGCGCCGGUCAAAUACUUGUCUCUCUCUCUCUCUCUCUUUCUCUCACUCUUUGUCUUGUCUCCCUCUCUGGAACCUGUGUGUGUGUGUUCUGUAAGAGAUGGACACAGGUGGUGCCGCGUAUAACCCACGCACUGUUGAGGAGGUGUUUAGGGAUUUUAAGGGUCGUAGAGCUGGCAUGAUUAAGGCUUUAACCACUGAUGUUCAGGAGUUUUACCGACUUUGUGAUCCUGAAAAGGAGAACCUUUGCCUUUAUGGGCAUCCCAAUGAGCACUGGGAGGUGAAUUUGCCAGCUGAAGAGGUUCCUCCUGAGCUCCCAGAGCCUGUCUUGGGUAUCAACUUUGCCAGAGACGGGAUGGCGGAAAAGGAUUGGCUGUCCCUUGUUGCUGUCCACAGUGAUGCCUGGCUUCUUGCUGUUGCUUUCUUUUUUGGAGCCAGGUUUGGAUUUGACAAGCCCGACAGGAAGAGGCUUUUCAAUAUGGUGAAUGACCUCCCAACAAUUUUCGAGGUUGUGUCUGGUACUGAUAAGAGACAGGGAAGGGACAAGUCCUCUGUUUCCAACAACAGCAGCAACAGAUCCAAAUCAAACUCCAAGCGAGGAUCUGACUCUCGCUCCAAGAUCUCAAAGGCAGCGCCCAAAGAUGAAGAGGAGGAAGAGGAAGGUGUGGAAGAGGAGGAGGAGGAGGAUGAGGAUGAGCAAGGGGAAACACAGUGUGGGGCAUGUGGUGAGAGCUAUGCAGCUGAUGAGUUCUGGAUCUGCUGUGACCUCUGUGAGAUGUGGUUUCAUGGAAAGUGUGUGAAGGUAACCCCAGCCAGGGCUGAGCACAUCAAGCAAUACAAGUGCCCAUCUUGCAGCAACAAGAGGGCUCGUGCCUAAAAUUCAUUUUUGUGGCCGCUUCUGUGUAUCUCUGCUUUGCAUAUGAUGAUGAACAGCUUAACUGUUUGGUUAGAUCAGAUAUUGUCAUGUGAUUUGGUAAUCUUAGGCUCUUUCGCCGGCUUAGGAAAGACAUCUUUAGUUUUCUUUGUUACAUUUGGCGAUUGAGGAAUAACUCUUUUGUUUAGGGGUUUGAUCUUUUGGUCUGUUAUAUGUUUGUUUAUUAACAAUUCUUGAACCCAAUCAAAGUAUUUGGUUAGGUGUUU